GAAAUGUUCGCAGUUAGCUACAGUUAGCUGCAUUAGCAUUGUAUGUAAGGACGGAAGCUGGAACGCAACAAUGUCAGCGCAAACAAUUACUGUGACUGUGGCAUACGGAUCAACUAAACACAGCAUCACACUAACAAGUCAAGAGGAUGGAACGGGACCCACUGUUAAAGACUUAUCAGACGCUCUUAAUGAAGCUACUGGUGUCCCACCGGCCUCACAGAAGCUCAUUUUUAAAGGAAAGUCUCUGAAGGACAUGGAAGCGAGUCUCUCCAGCUGUGGAGUGAAAGAGGGUUGCAAACUCAUGAUGAUUGGAAAGCGGAACAGCCCAGAGGAAGAGGCUGAACUAAAGAAGCUGAAAGAAAUUGAAAAGUCUGUGGAGCAGACAGCUAAAAAGCUGGAGACGGUAGACGGGGAAUUAACUGGAUUAAAGAACGGCUUUCUCGCAAAAGACCUCCAGGCUGAAGCGCUCAGUAAACUAGAUCACAGAGUAAAAAUAGCAGCUGAGCAGUUCAUGAAAAUCCUGGAGCAGAUAGAUGCCAUGGCCAUCCCAGAAAAUUUUAUCGACUGCAGAACAAAGAAGAAGAGUCUUGUGAAAACCGUGCAGGAUUUUCUGGCUCAGUGCGACAGGAUCGAGGCUUGUAUAUCAGACCACCUAUCAAAGAUCCAGUCUAAAAACCUGGCUCUGGCAGAGUAAUCAACUCUCCUAUGUUGUGUGCUUUAAGUUGCUCUAUGAGCAAAGCAAAGGUCUCAGAGUGCUUCAAGUAAGAAGCAGAUCCUACUUUAUUUAUUGUGAAGAGGGUGCUGUAGGGACAAACAAUCAAUCAUUUGAAAACAUGGGCUGUUGGUUAUCAACAUCGGUGUCUGAAUACAUACUGGAUCUCUGCAGUGUGCAUACUUUCUACCAUAACACUCCAGUCUUUUUUUUUUUUUUUAAGGUUUUAUUGGCUCUAGUGGCCUUUAUUU